GCCUCCGCCGAACAUUUUUCUUCUGCGACGCAGCUCAACUCUCGACUCAACAAUGGGUUUUGUCAAAGAACAAAAGUCAAAGGCUUAUUUCAAGAGGUUUCAGGUCAAAUUUAAGAGAAGAAGAGAGGGGAAGACUGAUUACAGAGCUAGAAUUCGCUUAAUCAACCAGGACAAGAACAAGUACAAUACUCCCAAGUAUCGAUUUGUUGUGCGAUUUACAAACAAAGAUAUAAUUGCGCAAGUCGUAUCUGCUACCAUUACUGGAGAUGUGAUUCUGGCUGCAGCUUAUGCUCAUGAGUUGCCUCAUUAUGGACUUAAAAUCGGUCUCACAAAUUAUGCUGCAGCCUACUGCACCGGGCUGCUUCUGGCUCGCCGUGUCCUGAAAAAACUUGAAAUGGAUGAUGAAUACCAAGGCAAUCCGGAGGCUACUGGAGAGGAUUACUCUGUUGAGCCAGCAGAGAGCCGAAGACCAUUCCGUGCAUUACUUGAUGUUGGCCUUGUUAGAACAACUACUGGAAACCGAGUAUUUGGUGCCCUGAAGGGCGCAUUAGAUGGUGGAUUGGAUGUUCCUCACAACGAGAAGAGGUUUGCCGGAUUCUCUAAGGAUUCUAAACAGCUUGAUGCCGAGGUUCACAGAAAGUACAUUUACGGUGGCCACAUCUCUUCAUAUAUGACGUCACUGAUCGAAGAUGAGCCAGAAAAGUACCAAUCACAUUUCAGCCAAUACGUCAAGGAAGGGGUCGAGGCAGAUGACCUCGAGGAACUGUACAAGAAAGUUCACGCGGCAAUCCGUGCCGACCCAACUGCCAAGAAAUCUGAUAAGCCACAGCCUAAGCAACACAAGAGGUACAACUUGAAGAAGCUCACGUACGAGGAGAGGAAGGCAAAACUGAUCGAACGCCUCAAUGCCCUCAAUUCUGCUGCUGGCCCCGGCGCCGAUAACGAUGAUGAUGAUGAAGACGACGAGUAAGGCAACUAGACGCCGCACCAUCUGCUUCAACUGCAGUUCUAUCCAAGAACAUGAUAAAUUUUCCCAAUUUUCGUGAGUUUCUUUUCCAUUUUUGUAGCUUUGAACCCCGACCGGAAUAUUCGAGCUGUUUGUUCCAUCUUUUUAUUGCAUACACUCUUAAAAUGUACGUUUUUAAUCAAA